UCUCUCCGGCAGUUGUUGACUGUGUUGACAGCUGGCAGGAACUCCCGACCGGCUCCUGUUUUUCUCUGCGAGAAAACAGUAUUUUUUCCUCAUUUCCCCCUAUUGUAAACAAGGACAUUGGACGGCUUGAAGCUUCGACACAUGCCCGGGAUGGAGGAUUUUCAUAACGGCAGCGAGGGCUCAUUCAACUCAGAUGAAGCUGAUAGCGUUGUUAAAGAGUGCAUCGAGAACGUGGUCGCCGGUGACGACUACAGCCAGAGUCAGGUGAACAAAUGGACGGCCAGCAUCGUGGAGCGCUGCCUCACACAGCUGGUCAAAAUGGGGAAACCCUACAAGUACAUCGUGACGUGUGCUGUGAUGCAGAAAACAGGAGCCGGCCUCCACACAGCGAACUCCUGCUACUGGGACACGGCCAUGGAUGGAAGCUGCACGGUGAGAUGGGAAAACCGCACCAUGUACUGCGUGGUCAGUGUGUUUGCUGUGGCCAUCGCAUAGAAACACUCAUGAACCGCCGAGCCAGGACUGCAGUUCAGUCCGGCGGUCAGCAGGGGGCCUCCAAGGGCCACACAGUCCUCAUCCGUACAGCUGUGUUCACCUGACGGCUCCAACAGCUGCAUCGUUUCCAGCCUUCAGACGCAUGUGUCAGCCUCAUGUGUGUAUUUAUGUUGUGUUGCCACUGCAGUGCUUUAAUAACGUCACAUUUACGCCCAGCAGCAUGCCGGCAGCUGUAAACAACACAUUCUGUCCCUCUUCCUCAGUGCUUCAUCUGUUAUUUCAGUCAUGUCUGUGAGAGAACAGAGACUUUUUGUACCCGGAGCUGCAGGAUAAUAAACAUGAACAGAUUUAUGAACAA